AUGGCAUGGUUCAUCAGAAAAUCCCUCCAUUGCGUUAUUUACUCCUCCAGACCGGGCUCUGAACAGCUGUCUGGAUUGUUUUUUAAAGAACUGAUUUCUAUUCUGGAAAACAUUACAGUACUCAGUUCUCGAAUUAUUUUAACCGGGGACUUCAAUGUGCACGUUGAAAAGACAAAUGAUUCUUAUGCUGCUAAUUUUAAUGAUAUCUUCGAUAAUUUUCAACUCAUCAAUCGUGUAAAAGCACCAACACAUCUACGUGGUGGUACACUAGACUUGAUAGUAACCUCCGAGGAUUUUCCAUGCAUCGUCGAAUCGAAUGAUGGUUUUCAAGUGGUGAGAAGUAAGAAACGAAAAAAAUCGUCAACCUUUCCACAACCGGCAUCCCCAAAACCUGCGUCAAAACCAGCUUCAAAACAAAUGAAAACCUACGGUACUGGCAUCAGCUGUCCAUUGAAAGCGUCGAAAAUAAUAGAGGAAAAAAUUACCUAUUAUAUCGGAAAUGUCAGUACAUGCAACAAAAAUAUAAUUGAGGACCAUCUGAAACAAAACAACAUAGCUUUUCUACAAUGCUUUCCUGUACUCCGUAAGAAAAAUCCGGAUGAUCCUUUGGUAGAGAGAAGACAAACAACGGAAUGGACGGCUUUCAAAAUUAUAAUACCUUUGAAUGAACGUGAGAAACUGGUUAAUCCUAACAUUUGGCCCAUGCACACGUUCUUGCGCGAGUGGGAUUACAACAUGUCAGCAAGUAAGAAGAAAGAUGGAAACUUUCGGCCAACAACAAUCAACAUCAAUCAUGGAGGCAACAACUGA